AUGUCCAACCUCUCCGACGACGCUCUCAGGAGGAUCCUGCAGCAGAUCCAGACGCAGGCGGUGGCCAGCCAGCGGCAGCUGGGCGUCGUGCGAGCCCAGACGCAGGCCAAGGAGAAGGAACGUCGGAUUCUCGAACUCACGAUGCGUGAGCUUGGCACGGUACCGGCCGACGAGGGACGGAUGUUCCGCGGUGUGGGCAAGAUGUUCAUCGAGCAGCCCCGCGCCGAGAUCAACCGCAAGCACGAGACGACGAAGAACUCGCUGAGUGACGACAUCAGCAGUCUCCAGAAGAAGGCCAAGUACCUUGAGCGCCAGCUCGACGAGGCCAACAACCAGCUGCGUGACAUCUUCCACAGCCAGCAGCGCGAGGCCGCGCGCCAGUAG